CUGAUAGAUCUGAGUUGUCACCUCAAAUCCUACCUAUUGUCCGCCGGUUAUACUACCUGCCAUGUCCGCAACCAAAUCACAGGUCCCUGACCAGCUCCCUUGGGACCCAAACUGUACCCAGUUCCCCUCUCGUAAGGAGCUUCCCAAGAUUCCAGGUGCUCCAGAUGAAGCUGCUUGGGUUUGGGGCAAGGAUGAUUCGCUAGGACGACUGAACCUGCUCACACCAGCAAGAGUCAAAGCAGCUGCCGCAGAGAUCCAGACUGGCGAGAUGAUCCGUCUCGAUCUCCCGCUGAACGUUCCGAACCCACCGGCAUUCCAUCGCCAAUCCUUCGAGCACAACAUCAAAGAGGUGGCCAAAGACGUCGUCUUCGAUGACACAUACUCUCUGAACACGCAAAGCGGCACUCAAUGGGAUGGAUUCCGUCACUUCGCCCAUGGCGAAUCCAAAACCUUCUACAACAACACCAAAUCCACCGACAUCAUCGGCCCCACCCCCACAGACCGCUGCAGCAUCCACCACUGGGCCACCCACGGCAUAGCCGGCCGCGCCAUCCUCCUUGACUACAAACUCUACGCUGACACCCACUCCAUCUCCUACGACCCCUACACGACCCACCGCAUCACCUACGCCUCUCUACAAGCCUGCGCCCAAUCCCAAGGCCUCGACAUUCGUCCCGCCUCCCAAGGCGGAGACAUCCAACCCGGCGACAUCCUCCUCAUCCGCUCGGGCUUCGUCGAGCGCUACAACGCCCUGACCCCCGAAAAACGCGCCCAAUAUGUCCUCAACCGUGCUCACUCCGAUCUCCAGUUUGCCGGUGUGAGCCAGGAAGAACCUAUUCUUGAUUGGCUACAUGAUUGUUACUUUGCUGCUGUGGCGGGCGAUUCGCCCACGUUUGAGGCGUGGCCGCCGGAGAAGGAAUUUGGGUUUAUUCAUCAGCAGAUUCUGGCGCUGUGGGGGAUGCCGUUGGGCGAAAUGUGGGAUUUGGAGAAGCUCGCUAGGAGGUGUAGGGAGAUUGGCAGAUGGGUGGUCUUUGUGACGAGUGCGCCGGCCAAUGUUGUGGGUGGAGUGGGGUCGCAUGCAAAUGCAAUGGCUAUUUUGUAGGUGAGGAGAGUAUAGUAUCUGAG